CGUCACGGUUGCCGCAACGGAAGCAUCUUGAACGUCGGGAAUGAUGCUACUGCAGUGGUGCACGCUCCGCCCUGCAGGCCCGUCCAAGCUAUCCGCUAUCAGGUUCUCGUCACCUAGCCGAGUGCACUCGAUCAAGAUAUUUCCCACAGACGUGCAGCCCUUUGGUCAGUGUUCAGACAUCAUUGCCCGCACAGAACCAGAGGCGUUCUUUCUUGAUGUCUAUUUCAAUGCCCACCCCGUGGGCUCACAAGUGGACGCGAAGCAAAAGCUCAAGGCACCUAAUGCACUCAUGCCAACCGUCAUUCCAUAUGCAGGUGGUAUAGUGGAAUAUGCAGUGAACAUGGGAUCCCAGUUUGCGACUCGUUUAAUGAUUGUACGUGGGGACUUUGAAACAGUGUCGAUGGCCAUAUACGGCGAUGUCGUUUCAGAUACUUCACCCAAGCCAACUAUCUACUCACCCCUCUCCCUACCCACCCAUUCCUCCGUUCCCCUUGUGCCCGCCCUAGACGCUGCAAAGAGUAACGACCCAACUGCGCUUGCGAGGAAUCUCCUGGCACUCAUUCCCAACGCACCCUCCCUUGCCCUCGUCAUUCGCCUUAUGUUCUGCCUCAAGCAACCCAAUGAUGACUGGGAGCUCCCAGAAUUCCCACAUCUUUACUCCGACCUGAAUGAGGAAGACAUGGACAUCGAUUUAGAUACCGCGUACCGAUCCUUGAGUCGCUCCGUCCCGGAUGACAUUUCUUCGGAGCAAUUGCAGCGCUUUGCAAAGAAGGUCUCCGAGGCUGUCGGUCCUAGGGACGAUGCACAAUCGUAUCUCAUUGCGGGCAUUCUGUCUCGCUCUGCUUCGCAGACUCCCGAAUUUGCACAAGCAUUGAUGCAAGCGCUCGAACUGGAGGCGAUCUUUGAUGCAUCGACUUUCGAUGAGGACGCUCUAUUCACACUUCUGGACGCUUCCACAAAUCCCGAUAUAUCACGGUUGUUGAAGGCACCGUGGUUUCUUAACGUCCUACGAGCUGUCCUUGCGCUGCCGACAGUUACCCCCGAGAUGAAGAGAGCUUGUCGACGGUUAGGUGAUCGAGUAGGAUCAUGGGCAGUCUUUGAACAAGCGCUUUCUGGGGUUCCAGAUGCAGACUACACACGGGCGGCACUGUUUCUAAAGGACAUCGGAAAGGAGGAGAAGAGUUUUGGCAUAUGGCUAUCGUGUAUCACCACUCACGAGGACCUUCUUGAGAAGAUCAGAAAUGCGCCGGAAUACGAAGGCGUGUAUCCGCUGGAUUUGAUGUCUGGCUUGAACCCCUCGGAGGAAAUAACGCAUUCGGAGUUUAUGGCAUUCGUUAGAGCAUAUGUUGGCGUUGCUUCGGUGCUAGCUGUGUAUGCCUGGUCCGAUAGCCUUCCGAAUUUACACUGUCGCGAGCGCACUCUGGGCGUUUUGCGCUUGUGGCAAGAAAUUCCUGGAUAUCGUGCCAUUAUUUCCCCUCUACUCCUGCUACCCCAGAUGACCUUCCGCCUGGAAUGCAUGACAAUCGGGAAUGAGCCGCCUACAACUGCGGGAAUCAACGCCGAGUCCCUCCUUUUCGCGCUCGCAGCCAAUCCGCAAAGUUUCCUCAACUCUGAUUUUGUACGCUGUGUGCGGGGCUGGGAACCAUGGAGCCUGACAUGGAUCAAUGAGCGGGAACGAGCAGACAUAGAACGCGCCGCCAAACUCGCAGACGAAGGCGUUGGCGGGGCUGUAGAGGAGCUCGUCGGGUUCGCCAAAGAAGGUCUCGACGCAAUCUUGGAUCAAGGCAGGACACGGACUCUCAGGGUUGCCGUAGCUGCCAUCAUGCACGUGCUGGAGGACAACACCGAAAGCGGAACCAAAUGUGGUGACUGGACGGUAUUACAGGCUGUAUGGGGUGAACAUACGCACGGACUUCUCAAUUACGCCAUCGAUGUGUUUACUCGUAUCAGCGUGGAGCCUACGAUUGGUCUCGAGCCGCUCUUACUCCUGACGAAUGAGAGCCUCCACCUCAUUGCGAGCUUACAUGCGCUCUCCAUUACAACAAGUCGUGCGGUGCGAUUACUCGUGAGCGGCGUUCUGGACAUGUACAGCUGUGCUGAUGCCGCAUCCCGUGAAUUCGUCGCGAGCAGCGCUAUACGCGACGCUGCACUCCUCGUCAAGCAUGCGUGUGCCAAUGUGCUGCCUGUGUUUUCAAGGGGCUCGCAGGAUCCGCGCAAGUGCGGCCCGUCUGUAGUCCUCCGCGCCCUCUUUGAACAGGGUCUCAACUUUGAUAAUGUGGAUCCUGCGAGGAGAGUUUUGAGUGCUUUUGAUCUGGUCAUGAGGGACUGGAUGGCCGCUGUGAUUCCACACACUCUAAACCCCCUCACCCUCUUCUUCCGGCAUCUCGACCCCUUGCACAAAGUACAGCUGGUUCGGCAGCUUGUCAGUCUCGAUCAGGGUGUGUUAGGCCUGGGCGACUUUCUCGUCCAAGGGGAAGUGAAGAGACUUGCCGGUCUUCUGCGGGUGAUGGCCGAGAGAGGGGUUGUCACGCAGUGGGAAGUGGGUGCAGGGCUCGAGUUUCUGGCAGGGUUGAUGGAAGGCCAAGACGGCGACUGGUGUACAGCCGCAUUGCGCGAAUCGGAGUGGGGAACCAUCAUGUCUGGCUUACUCGAUGCCAGCCUUUACUCCAAACAUCUCGGAACGAUUGCCGGGAGGUUAGCUGAGAACCCAGAUUCCCUAGGGAUUGAGGUUAGGCUUUCUGUCGUCGCUGCCCUCCUACGUGGAGUACAGCUACAAGAACCAAGCGUAUGCAAUAUGAACGCGUUCGGCUUGAUCUCCGCUGUCCUAGAGACUACCGAUGAGAAAGAUAGGGAUCCCGAACGGCUGUUAUGGGAAGUGGGACACGCACUCGCUGCAGUCGUAGAAUCCAGCAGCAGCAACAGCAACAGCCUCUCCUCUCUCGACUCCGAAAGCGUCGUCAACACCCUCCUGCUCCUCGAUUCCCCAUCUCAAUCCGAUCUCCACGGGCUAACGGCAGACCAAUGGGGAAAACUCUGCUCUCACUUAGAAACGAGCUUACCCCCUAACAUGCUCGCUAUGCUCCCUAUCAUCAAAGGAUUCCAUCCCUAUCCCUCGUCUUCCCCACCACCCACGAUAUCACUCCUCCCAUCGACUGUGGGACUCCUCCCGCUUUGCGAUUUGAUCUCCCUCCUCCAACCUCCUGCGCCUAUACCCUCUACCCCACCACCAAAGCGUAAAUCGCCUAGUCAGGAUGUCUUGGGACUCGUCGCUAUUUCCCCGCCGACCGCGGUUUUGCGCUCGCCUGCUGUUACGGGUCUCACCAAGACGUAUACCCGGAAUGAUUUUCGGGAGUUGAGGCAGUUACCGAGUGCGAGGCAGAAUACGAGUCGGUUACCCAGUAUGCAUGUCGAUGAUUUCGUUCAAGUCGAAAUGACAUCUUCACCACUCCUUCAGCCCGUGGCGCCAACAGGAGACAUGUUAAACCUCUCCCCGCCUUUCAACGUCGGGAAAGAGAAUGGGUACAUUUAGUUUAGAAAUCAUGUUUUUGUUUUUGUGUUUGAGUCGUAUUGCUGCGUGCAUGCGGUAGGUACAUUGGAAGUUCUGGUUCUGGUUCUGGUUCUUGUAAUGUGUAAGAUAUGUCUGUAUACUACGAUGCUACAAGCCUUGUCAAUGCACUGC